AUGGCGGAAAAGAGGACGAUGCUGACGAUAGUGGCCGCCGAUGGGCAGCUGUUCGAGAUUCCGAAGGAUUUGGCGGUGAACGGCUCGGAGGUCAUCAAGCAGAUGCUGGAGGAGAUGGACGACUCGGACAGGGUGCCAAUCGAGAAGGUGGACGGGAACAUCAUGUCGAAGAUCGUGGAGUUCUGGAAACUCAUGAGCGACAAGGAGAAGUCUGAGGAGGACCUCAAGGUGUCCACCGCGACCUUCCUAGGAUCAAUGAAGUACUCAAUGAUCAUCGAAAUCAUGAUUGCCGCCAACUUCAUGAACGCCAAGUCCUUGCUCGAGGCGUCGGUUGGGUUCUUCGCCAAGCGCAUCGCGAACAAGACGCCGGACGAGAUCCGCGAGGAGCUGGGCAUCCAGACUCCCUUCCUGGAGGGCGAGAUAGAGGAGGCGAUGCAGACGAACAAGUGGGUGUUUUUGAAGCGGGACGGCGAGGACGGGCCGUCGGGGAGCGCCGCAGCCGGACGGAGCGGCGUGUCGGGGGCAGGCGGGUCCUGA